AUGUCUAGUAUAAAAUCGAUAGACGUUGCAACCACAAUACCAAAUUACAUACAGAAUAUUAUCACUAAAACGAAUAUCAGUGAUAUUAAAAACAUUAUAAACGGGAGCAGAAGAAUCCUAAAUGGGGACGAAGUCAGGAAUAAUAGACCUUAUAUGGUGUAUCUUAAGUUACCAUCAAACAAUCCGAGAUAUAAGGACUUUCGGCGAUGGGUUUGCGGAGGUGUCAUUAUACAUGACGAGUACAUCCUGACGUCAGCGGCUUGUAUAGAAGAUGCCAAACACUUUUAUGUUGUUUCAGGCACUUAUAGAUACAGCGAAGAAGAUGACAGGAUUAGUAAUCCAUGUAUCAAAAACGGCGCUAAGAAAGCUGUUUGGAAAUGUGUGCCUCGAAACUACGUUUUCGAUGGUCAUGAGAACGACAAUAUACGUUGGAUGAACAACGACAUCGCGAUUGUUAAAGUGGAAGACGAUUUUGAUUUCAACCGCCGUGUGCGCGGCUGUGACUUUGUACCGAAACCCAUUUGUUAUAACAACCAGAGUAGUCGGUUGGAAGAGCCUGGGACCAUCGCGUCUAUAGCUGGCUGGGGCAGCACGGCGAAGUACAAUGGGAGUAAAUCGGUGUCGCAAGACCUUUUGCAAACAGAUGUUAUAAUAGUACCCAAGUCCAGGUGCAAACACCGCUGGGGGCCGCGGUACCACAACAUCAUUGAUAAUUAUAUGAUCUGCACUAAAGAUACCAUUCCUGAAUUGAGUGAACCUUGUCUGGAAAAAUAUGCAGACUGCACCGAUAUAAUGUAUUCUGGUGAGUUUGGAUCAGGAGAGGCCAGACGGGCGAAUACAAAUAACAGCAUAGUGCACUCAGCCUCCCACGAUCCUGAUUGGAGAAGACGUUUGGCGGGAAGUGGGGGUUUUUGUGAGAAUGACCAUGGUGGGCCUCUCGUACAUGGUCAUGGCCCAAACGCCGUCGUCAUUGGAGUGAUUUCAGCUUGUCUUGUAAAAGAGAGGACCAACAGAUGUCAUGGACCCUUUCUGUACACAAGCGUCUUCAAGAACAGAGUGCUUAUCAACUGCGCCAUUUAUAAGGAUACUAAAGGGGACUGUUCAAAGCUAUUUAGAACAAGCGAAACUCAUAUAGAGGAAGACAUAAGUUGGGCUGAUCAUCCGGAUGGGCCCGCUAAGAACGAGGUUGCAAAAUCUAGACGUAAUAAAGAAGAAAUACAAGAAAACAGCACAAAUAUUAUUAAAUUAGCGAACGCAACUCCAUACGAUAAAGUAAUGCAACACGGGGGAGUGGUAUUAAGAGCUUCUGAAGAUCGUGUAUUUAAUAAUGAAUCGAAUUUAAAGCAAUAA